AAUACUGAGACAAUAAUACUUCUGCUUCGUGACGUCAUUUUUCAUUGCAAAUGUCGAGUUUCCGGAGCGAUCCAGCACUUGGAUAGAUUGUACACCAAAGUCUUUAUGUUAGAAAGGGAUAAUUGAAAAUUGAUCCACCGUGGCAUAGUAGUGGUGAGGGCAACACACGGAACAGAACAGGUGAAAUUUCCGUCUGCACAUAAUCAACGAUGGAAGGAAUUUUGAACAAUAAAUGAGGUGUUGUAUUCUACGAAGAAUGAUUUCAAUGAAUCGAUUAGAAUUGGAAAAAUGACUAACAACAGAACUUUGAACAUGAGCUACCUGGAGAGGGAUCUAUCAGGGACACCUUUUGUGAUUCUGAACACUAUUUAUCCUCCGAUUUUAAUCGUGGUUGGAUUAAUAUGCAACAGUUUUAUUGUUUGUGUCAUGCGCACGCGAUUUUUCCAAUGUCAGAACAUUUCCGUGUACAUGACGGCACUGGCACUAAAUGAUGCGCUCAGUCUUAGUAUUUCUAUGACAACACAUUGGCUUUAUGUGUCUUUUGAAAAUAUAUAUGACAGAGACAAAAUGACGGAUAUAUGUAAAUUCCUCCAAGUGUAUGGAUGGGGAAACUGUGAUUUCAGCAUUCUCCUUUCCACUACAAUGUCCGUAAAUCGUGCAAUUGCAGUUUAUCUCCCGUUAAAGAGCAGGGCAUCAAAGUAUUCUCACAGAAGACCAAAGUUUAUUAUUCUUUUUCUUCUACUCAUUGUCCUUGUGAAAAAUAUUCACUUUGCAUUCUCAUCAAAAAUUGUCAAAUCUGGACACAUGAGGGAUAAGCUGUGCGAUGUUUUUCCGGAGUCUGAAAUUUACAAAAUAUUCUGGGAAAAUGUCUGGCCUUGGCUACAUGUGAGUUUCUUAGUUUUAUGCUUUCUCGUCAUCGCUGCUUCCAAUGGAGUUCUGGUACGUCAACUCUAUGCUUCAUCACACUUGGAAAUUCGACGUCAUCAUUGUUCCAACAGAAAAGAAAGCCUGAUUGUGUCUGAAGAAGUGCCAUCGCCAUUGAAACAUAGGAAUUCGUGUUUCUGUAGCGAAAAGAGCAACGGGUCAGGGGAAUUUAGGCAGUGGCAAACAGUUACUCCCAUGCUGAUUGGGGAAUCCAUUCUUAUCCUCCUUUUAACGUUCCCUUUCAGUAUGCAGCUGGCCAUUUCUACAGCCGAUUUUGGACACUCUGAGAUGUUGUUUUCCAUAACUUUCUACAUGUUGUACACAAAUAAAUGUGCUACCUUUUUCGUUUACCUCAUAACUGGAUCUCGUUUCCGCCUCGGAUUGAGAAAGAUGUUUUAUCGCUGUACUCACAGCCGCGGGGCUAUUCGGAGACAACACUUUAAGGAAACCUUACAUUGGAUCAAUUCACUGUCCGAGGGAAUUGUGUAUGGAUAGUAAAAGGAAACUCAAUAAUUUUAAUUUAAUGAAUUGUCGUAUUAUUUUCUGACUUUAUAUUUUUUUCAUAUUUUAUUGUAUGCUCUCUGAGUUGAAUUUUUAUGGAUUUUAACUUCUACAAUUGUUCUUGCUUUUCGUAAUCUGCUUUUUGAAAUAAAUUGUUGUUUGUUUAUUCAUUGCUUCCAUGUAAAUGUGUUAGGAAUUAAAUUUCGUUACUUGACGGUAACCACAGAGUUAAACAAAUUAAAAAAAAAAACCAGAAUGAUGGAAACUUGGAGAUGAAACAUAAUUCAAAGAAAGUCCGUCAAUGCCUGGA